AUGUCAAUAAAAGUUUCUGACUUUUUGCAAAUGGAUAGAUUAUAAGAUUAUUUUCAAAAAAUUUAAGAAGAGGAAGAUAGAAAACAUAAAAUCUAAGAACUUACUACUAAAUUAAUAGAGAAAUCAUAAAAGAGACUUAAGUAAUUAUUAAAUUAAUUAGAUUGUAGAAUAGGAACUAACGAGUUGAUUAGAGAUUUAAUGAAAAACUAAAAAAUAUGAAAGAGCUCAAUACAUUUAUUGAUGUAAGAUAAUAGAUUGUUGAAUCAAAUUUGUUAAAUGAUGUAAAGCUAAUGGAUUAAAUAUAAACGGAAUUCAAAAAUGUUUAAACAAAAACAUAAGAACAAUGGAUUUAAAAACAAUUGAAUUUAGAUUCAACUGUAAAAACUUAGAAAAAGCAAUCUUUUUCUACAUAUUCAACUAAAAAUUUUUCAUAAUCAAAUUCAGUUGUUCCUAUAAAAAGAGUGUUGGAUAAUACAUUUCUGACUUCAUCUAUGUAGAAUUUUGUAAGUGACCCAAGAUCUACUGCUUCAUAAAUAAAUAAUGGCUCAUAUAAUUUUGAUAUUUUAGUUGAAAAUGGAUUGCUAUCCAAAAAUUAAAACUCCAUAAAACUAACAGUAUCAAAAUAUUAUUCUAAAUAUUAAAAUAAAACCAAUGAAUUCAUAAAGAAUAUGAAAUUAAAUUGUAUUGCUAAAUAUAAACCAAUUUAAGAAAAAAUAAAUAAAAAAGAAAUCAAAUUAUCAAAUAACAAUUCCUAAUAUUCCUAACAUUCCCCUAUGCGAUAAAGAGGAAGACCUUAAACUUGUUUUGAAACUAAUUAAUUAAGUACAUAAAAAAAAGAAAAUUUAUAAUAAUCUUCUUCAGAAAAUUAAAAAUCUAUUAUGAAAGUGAACUCAAAUAAUAACUCAGAAAAAUGUUCAAAUGAAAGAACAAAGAAUCUUUAAUCAAUGAUCAACUUUUAUCAAAAUUCAAAUGGAUAGACUGAUAAAAGACUUAAAACACCACAGUAUCGCAGGAGAAUAGGAUAAUCUUUUCUAAAAUUUAAUAAAUCUUUAACUGAAGUCGAAUCUGAAUUAAAUAAAUCUAGUUAAGUUAAUAAUGAUAUAUUAAAGAAAAUGGAAUCCAUCGUAAAUGAUGUUUAUGAGAAAUAUUAAACAUAAUCCAGUUUUUAUAAUUUUUAUUGA